AUGGCGGGGUUCAAGUUGGGGCUUGCCCUUUCGUUUGUAAUUCUUCUGUUGCUGAGCGAGGGCGUCUCGUCCGCCUUCCAAACGAGAAAGAUUGGAGUCCACGUGAAGAAGUUUAAUGGUGGCGGUGGCAGUCACGCAAGCGGUGGCGGCGGCGGUCAUGCAGGAGGCGGGAGUCAUGCAGGUGGUGGGGGUUAUGUGGGCAGUGGCGGCAGCGGUUACAAGGGCGACGGGGCUCACAUGGGAAUUGGCGGCGUCAGCAAUGGCGGUCAUGUCAAGCCAGGGGGUGGAGCUAAUCGCCACAGAGGGACUCAAAGGUCCUCGGCCAUCGGAACUCGCCCAUCGUUGCCGCUCGCCUCCGCUGUCCGUUCCUCUCUUCUCCUCGGUCUCCUGUUCUUGCUUCAGCUCUAG